CAGCAACAGACGGAGCCUUCUCCCUCUGUUCCACCUCUAUUCUUUAGAGAUCUUUGCAUUCACAACACCUCAAUUGUUUGUCAAAAUUUGUCACUGCUAGCAUUCAAAAACAGAUUUAAAGAGAAAGCUUAAAGGUUGAGAGAAUGGAUAAUAUGGAAUCUGACUACAUCUUUCUUGUUGAGACUGAAAAUGAGGAUAAAGAAACGAAUUUUGACGGAGAUGAAGAUAAAGAUAAGGAUUUUGAUGGCGAUGAAGAUAAGGAUUUCAAUGGAGAUGAAGACGAAGAUACUGGGAAGGAUUGCUAUUCUUCCAUAUAUGCGGAUAACGACCCUCAUAGCAGCAAUCCUAACUCUUUGGACCCAUCAUGGCCUAGAAGUUAUAGGAAGUCGAUGGAUCUUUAUGGUCGUGUAGCAUCUUCUAGUCUGAACUUUCUAGGGUCUUCUAACUUAUCAUUGUUAGGUGGUUCAUUCCUUUCGUCGUCUCCUAACAGGAGAUGCACUUCCAAAACACUCACGAGUUUGGACGCCCAUCUCUUGCUACCCCAAGAGUAUAAUAGCUUAUCUGAUCAUUCACUUCCAAAACACUCACGAGGGUCUUCUGCCAAAAGGUUGCUUCAAAAAGAGAAAUCUCCUCAGACUGGAAAGAUUUCAUUCGGCCAAGCUGUGGUUAACGGUGUGAAUCUUCUUUGUGGAGUAGGUCUUCUUUCUACUCCUUAUGCGGUGAAACAAGGAGGAUGGGCUGGGCUGUCUAUCCUUUCUUUCUUUUGUGUUGUUUCAUUCUACACGGGUAUCCUCCUUCGUUGCUGCUUGGAUAGUAAGCCUGGUCUUCAAAGUUACCCAGAUAUUGGCCAAGCUGCAUUUGGCAUAAUUGGGCGUCUAGUUGUUUCUAUAGCUUUGUAUGUGGAGUUAUAUGCAUCGUGCGUUGAAUUUAUAAUCUUGGAAAGUGAUAACCUAUCUUCUUUGUUUCCAUAUGCACAUUUAAACCUUGGAGGAUAUCAACUAAGUUCACAUUAUUUGUUUGCAAUUAUAAUCACUCUUAUUGUGCUCCCUUCAGUUUGGCUUCGCGACAUGAGUGUUCUCAGUUACCUCUCUGCUUGCGGAGUUUUUGUAACAAUUCUUUUGGUCAUUUGCUUGUUUUGGGUUGGAUUAGUGGAUUCCGUUGGCUUCCAGACUGAAAGUACCACAAUAUUGAACAUUUCCACUUUGCCUGUAUCUAUUGGGCUUUAUGGUUACUGUUAUGCUGGUCAUGCUGUUCUUCCAAACAUUUAUAUGUCCAUGGAAAAGAAAAGUCAAUACCCUCUAGUCCUUUUAGCUUGCUUCACCAUAUGUACUCUUCUUUACGCUGGAGUUGCCGUGUUGGGAUACAUGAUGUUUGGGGAAUCAACAGAAUCACAAUUCACGCUCAAUCUGCCUAAAAAUUUGUUUGCCUCCAAAAUCGCUGUCUGGGCUACGGUAUUCAGUCCACUUACCAAAUAUGCGUUAACCAUAUCUCCGGUGGCUCUGAGUUUGGAGGAACUCAUACCAUUAAAGCAUCAACAGACUCGCUUCUAUUCCAUUCUCAUUAGAACGACAUUGGUGAUCUCUACUUUACUUGUAGGCCUCUCGAUACCGUUCUUUGGUCUGGUAUUGUCGCUGAUCGGAUCUUUACUAACAAUGCUAGUGUCAUUGAUAUUUCCCUGUGCUUGCUUUUUACGUCUCCUAAAGGGCAAGAUAACUCGCUUUCAGGGAUCACUUUGCGUGUUAACUAUUGCAAUCGGCAUCAUCUCAUCAGUGUUUGGAACCUACACCGCUUUGUCUAAAAUCAUUCAACUGCUAUGAUUACAUUUGGUUACAUGCUUAUAACGAACUCCAGAACAUUCUGUUGCCCAUUUAUCCAAUUAGGCAGUGAAUUGAGUUACCUUCAAGAAUAUUUAUUAGCGUUGUACGCUAUUUUUUUGCCAGUCUUUUUAAUAUUCUUUAGGAAGGAUCUUCUUCUGUAUUAAUUCAAUCUUGAACGAAGGAAUCUAUUU